AUGGAUAUCAACAAUAAUGUCGAGGCGAGCAGCAUGGAGGACAUAACCGCCAGGAUCCGGGCGCUUUUGAGAGGAAACAACCGACAGGAACCGAGUUUGGCUGAAGCGGUACAAGUGGCGAGAAUUGAAGAACCGGGGAAAAAAGUGGCGGAGGAGCAGUUGCACUCGGACGGAUUCGACGACGAUUCGGAGAUUAUCAACGAUGACUAG